CAACGGCCCAACUCACUCUCAUCCUCAUAUUGACACUCAGUUUUAGGUUUUUGUGAAAAGAAGAGAAGGAAAUAAUGUCUAAAAAGGUUGGAGCAACGGGUGGCAAUAUGGGAGGAGCAUUCGACGAUGGUGUUUUCGACGGUGUGAAGAAAAUAACUGUGGCAAAAGAGGGAAGUCCUUUUGACUGUGUAUCAUAUAUCAAGAUAGAAUACGAAAAGGACGGGAAACUUGAAACCCGUAAACACGGGACAAUUCGCGGGGAAUUAAAAGAGUUUUCGGUGGCUUAUCCGAAUGAAUAUAUCACAUCCGUUGGUGGGAGCUAUGAUCGUGUUCCCUACUAUAAUACAGUGCUGAUCAAAUCGCUAAUCUUUAAAACCAAUACUGGAAGAACAUCUCCGGUACUUGGUGGGGUAACGGCUUCUGGAAAACCAGCUGGGAGAGAAUUUUUGCUAGAGGAUAAAUGUGGAGAAAAGCUUCUUGGAUUCUUUGGACGCUCUGGUCAAGCCCUUGAUGCCAUUGGAGCUUAUUUUGGUUCACUAGGAGCUGUGGGACUGCGCGGUGGUAACAAUGGAGCAGCAUUUGACGAUGGCAUUUUCAUUGGUGUGAAGAAAAUAAUUGUCGCAAUAGAGGGAGGUCCUUUUAACUGUAUAUCAUAUAUCAAGAUCGAAUAUGUAAAAGACAGGAAUUUCCUGGAGACCUGUGAACACGGGACGAUUCGUGGAGGACUAAAAGAGUUUUCGUUGGAUUAUCCAAAUGAAUAUAUCACAUCCGUUGGAGGGAGCUAUGAUCAUGUUCUCUACUAUAAUACAGUGCUGAUCAAAUCGCUUAUCUUUAAAACCAACACUGGAAGAACAUCUCCGGUACUUGGUGGGGUAACAGCUUCUGGAAAACCAGGUGGGAGAGAAUUUUUGCUAAAGGGUAAACGUGGAGAAAAGUUUCUCGGAUUCUUUGGACGCUCUGGUCAAGCUCUUGAUGCCAUUGGAGCUUACUUCGGACCGCUCGGUGGCAUCAAGGGAAAGCUAUUUGACGAUGGUGUUUUCAAUGGUGUGAAGAAUAUAACCGUCGGAGCUGAUGAAUUCAGUAUAACUUAUAUCAAGAUCGAAUAUGAAAAGGACAGAAAGCAACCAAUGGAGGAGAAAGCGAAGAGAAUGAAGAAUGGAGACGGAGGCAAUCAGAAACUGGCGUUUUAUAAGCUUUUCACGUUUGCAGAUCGAUACGACAUCAUUUUAAUGGCGGUUGGGACCAUCUCUGCCAUGGCCAACCGCCUAGCUCAGCCGCUUAUGUCAGUACUCAUAGGCCAAAUCAUUAACGUCUUUGGCCUCUCUGAUCAUGAUCACAUGGUUAAAGAAGUCUCCAAGGUUGCUGUGAAGUUUCUUUACCUUGCAGUCUACGCGUGCAUUGUGUCUUUCCUCCAGGUCUCAUGUUGGAUGGUAACCGGCGAGCGUCAGUCCACCAGAAUUCGAGGGCUAUACCUCAAAACAAUAUUAAGACAAGAUAUUGGCUUUUUUGACACCGAGACAAACACCGGUGAAGUAAUCGGAAGAAUGUCCGGGGACACCAUUCUUAUUCAAGAAUCCAUGGGAGAAAAGGUUGGGAAAUUUAUACAGCUGAUGUCAACAUUCUUUGGUGGAUUCACAGUGGCUUGUAUAAUUGGCAGACGCCUCACAUUAGCUCUUAUUCCGUGCAUUCCACUGAUCGUGGCCACUGGUGGUGCAAUGGCCUUGAUCAUGUCAAAAAUGGCUGGUCGUGGCCAACUCGCUUAUGCGGAAGCUGGAAAUGUUAUAGAACAAGCUGUUGGGUCGAUUAGAACAGUUGUGGCAUUCACCGGAGAGAAACAAGCAACCGAAACAUAUGAGAAGAAGCUCGAGAUUGCCUAUGAGUCUAUGGUUCAACAAGGGCUUUUCUCUGGUUUAGGCCUUGGGAUAAUGAUGGUUGUAAUCUAUUGUACCUAUGGUAUUGCGAUUUGGUACGGUGCUUGGCUUAUAAUGGAGUAAGGAUAUACUGGAGGUCAAGUCAUGAACGUGAUUUUCGCAAUCUUGGGUGGAGGAAUGUCGUUGGGGCAGACAUUACCUUCUCUUAACGCUUUUGCUGCUGGACAAGCCGCAGCCUACAAAAUGUUUGAGACGAUAAAAAGAAAACCAAAGAUCGAUGCUUAUAGCAUGACUGGUAAGGUUUUGGACGAGAUUAAAGGAGACAUUGAGCUAAAAGACGUGUAUUUUCGAUAUCCAGCAAGACCCGACGUGCAGAUCUUUGCUGGAUUUUCGCUGAUUGUACCGAACAGCACAACCUUGGCUUUGGUGGGACAUAGUGGGAGUGGAAAAUCAACAGUGAUCAGUCUGAUUGAGAGGUUCUAUGAUCCGGAAUCAGGAGAAGUUUUAAUUGAUGGAAUUGAUUUAAAAAAGCUUCAGUUAAAAUGGAUCAGACGCAAGAUUGGUUUAGUAAGCCAAGAACCUAUACUUUUCGCGACCACAAUCAGGCAGAACAUUGUUUAUGGAAAAGAAGAUGCAUCCGAUGAUGAAAUUAGAGCAGCGGUUAAGCUGGCUAAUGCUACUAGGUUUGUCGACAAACUACCGCAGGGUUUGGACACAAUGGUAGGAGAACACGGGAUACAAUUAUCCGGUGGGCAGAAGCAGAGGCUCGCGAUUGCUAGGGCCAUACUGAAAAACCCUAAAAUCUUGCUUCUUGAUGAAGCAACUAGUGCUUUAGACGCAGAAUCCGAACGAAUUGUUCAAGACGCCCUGGUUAAGCUGAUGUCAAGCCGGACAACUGUCGUGGUGGCUCAUCGGCUUACCACUAUUAGAACCGCCAACAUGAUCGCCGUUGUGCAGCAGGGCAAAAUCAUUGAGAAAGGAACUCACGAGGAGAUGAUACAAGAUUCCGAGGGAGCGUAUUCAAAGCUUGUUAGUCUACAGGAAGUAUCAAAGAAAGAAGGAGGAGGAGUGGAGGAACUGGAGCCGGAUGAGAGUAUCUCCGUUAGCCACACCGAAAUCGAUUCUGGUUUACCAGGACCGGUUAAUUUGAACCUAACCAAAGAAAAUCAAGAUAAUAACUCUUCCAUGGAAAACAAAACGACAAGGAAACGCAAGAAAGUAUCGUUGAGACGCCUUGCUCACCUCAACAAACCAGAGAUUCCAGUUUUGUUGGCCGGUUCAUUGGCUGCAGCGGUUCACGGUAUUGUGUACCCGGUCCAAGGUUUGCUUAUGUCUAGCACUAUCAAGAUAUUCUUCGAGCCGUCAGAUCAACUACGAAAAGAUUCACAUUUCUGGGCCAUCAUUUUCGUCUUGCUCGGUUUAACGGAUUUGAUGGUGGUUCCGUUUCAAAACUAUCUGUUCGCUAUAGCUGGAGGAAGACUUAUCAGACGUAUUAGAUCAUUAUCCUUUGAUAAAGUUAUUCAUCAGGAGAUAAGUUGGUUUGAUAAUACCGCGAAUUCUAGUGGCGUGAUUGGAGCAAGGUUGUCUACAGAUGCUGUGGCAGUGAAGAGUAUAGUGGGUGAUGCGUUGGCGUUGAUCAUGCAAAAUAUAGCGACUGUAAUCGCUGCAUUGAUUAUAGCGUUUACGGCUAAUUGGAUAUUAGCUAUAAUAAUCCUUCUUAUGACGCCAGUUAUAGUCCUUCAGGGUUACUUUCAGACAGGGACGAACCCAACCAAGUGUAUAGCCGGUUUUAGCGCAAGCGCCAAAGAAAAAUACGAAGAAGCAAGUCAGGUCGCCAGUGAUGCGGUGAGCAGCAUAAGAACAGUUGCAUCAUUCUGUGCAGAGGGUAAAGUGAUGGAUCUUUACCAAAAGAAAUGCGAGGCACCAAAGAAACAAGGUGUCCGGUUAGGACUAGUGAGCGGUUCGGGCUACGGAAUCUCAUUCUUGGCUCUCUAUUGCAUCAAUUCCUUAUGUUUUUACGUUGGUUCUUGGUUGAUUCAGAAGAGGGUAGCCACGUUUGGAGAAUUCUUUCAGGUUUUCUUUGCGUUAACUAUGACCGCACUAGCAGUGUCUCAAACGAGUGCUAUGGCACCUGAUAGAAACAAAGCCAAAGACUCGGCUGCUUCUAUUUUCGAGAUACUUGACAGUAAACCGAAAAUCGAUUCGAGUUCCAACGAGGGGACAGUGUUACCAAUUGUGCACGGUCAUAUCGAGUUUCAACACGUCAGUUUCAGGUAUCCGACACGACCAGACAUUCAGAUUUUUACUGACUUAUGCUUAACUAUCUCCUCCGGACAGACCGUAGCAUUGGUUGGAGAGAGCGGGAGUGGUAAAUCUACGGUGAUAAGCUUAAUCGAGAGAUUCUACGAUCCAGAUUCAGGCAAGAUUCUCUUGGAUCAAGUUGAAGUUCAAACAUUGAAACUGAGUUGGUUAAGGCAACAGAUGGGUUUGGUUAGUCAAGAACCGGUUUUAUUCAACGAGACAAUCAGAUCAAACAUAGCUUAUGGCAAAACCGGUGAAGCCACAGAGGAAGAGAUCAUAACCGCGGCGAAAGCAGCUAAUGCGCACAACUUCAUAAGCACGUUACCUCAAGGUUACGAGACUUCGGUAGGCGAACGAGGUGUACACUUAUCCGGUGGUCAGAAACAGAGGAUCGCCAUAGCUAGAGCUAUUCUCAAGGAUCCUAAGGUUUUGUUGCUUGACGAAGCAACAAGCGCGUUAGAUGCAGAGUCUGAGCGGGUGGUGCAGGAUGCGCUUGACCGUGUGAUGGUGAACCGGACCACGGUUGUGGUGGCUCACCGGCUCACUACGAUUAAGCACGCGGAUGUAAUUGCUGUUGUGAAGAACGGUGUGAUCGCGGAGAGAGGGAGACAUGAAACGUUGAUGGAGAUUUCAGGUGGUGCCUAUGCUUCGCUUGUAGCUUUUCACAUUAGUGGGAACUGAGAAAACGUUUUUGUUUGUAAUGAUUUUA